UUUGAGUUAUUCUUAAUCAUUGGUUCAACCUGAUCUGUUUGUUUCUCUCUCUCUUCAACUUUUACCUCUAAACCUUUUUUUCCCUCUCGACAUUUGUUGGUUUAGUUUAAUUGUUUCAAAUCAUCUUUUCCAUUUUAAAUUAUGCGUGUGUUAAUUGUUUUAGUUUUGCUUUCUCUUAUUGUGUCCACUUUGGCUGAUGGUCAAAGAAAUGGACGUGGUCGUGCCCGUGGUCGAGGUAGAAAACAAAAGGGAAAUUGUCACCUCAAAGAAAUUGAUACUUGUAUUGGAAAAUUAGAUAAAUAUUCAAGUCGUAAUUCAUCUAAUCUUUUAACUUCAUCCCGUGGACUUGAUGAGAUUUGCACUAAUUCUCUUGAUGUUGUCACUUGUGUUCGUAAUUACAUGACAAAGUGUGGUACUCCACUUCAACGUGAACUUUUCGAGUUUGGAAUUGAACAAUUUUCUAAAUCAAUUGACCAAUUUUGUAAACCAGGACCUCUUCGUGAAGAAUUCUUAUCCAACUCACCUUGCAUUGUUAACAAAGUGAUAGCAAAAAAUAACUACAGAGAAAAGUGUGUCAACAACUUCCUCUCUACCAUAGACAAGACCAAUAAGCAAAAAGAGUUGGAUGAAAGGUUGGACACUAUCUGCUGUUCAUACAACCGCUGGGAGGGAUGUGCCUUCAGUUUAAUCAAGAAAGAGUGUGGAGAACAGGGUAAAACAUCAAUGCACAAUUUCAUCGACAAAGCAUUUGGAGGGCUAACAAACAUGAUCUGUUCAUCAACUGCUUUCGAUCCAACAUCCCAACGAUGUAAUUCACUUUAUGCUGCACCAGGAAUUAAACCCAAAGGAAAAUUAAGUGAUAAUCCAGUUACUAAAUACAUUGCAUCAUACUUUGGAUUCCUAUUCACCUGAAUUAUUUAAACAGAAUCAAAACCCACCUAUAAAAAGAUCACCUUUUUUUUAUACUAAUACUUUUUUUUAAAAAAACAACUUCAUCUUGAACACCCUUCCUAGGUUGAGAGGUCAUCCCCACAUCAAUGUGACCUUUGACUAUCCAAUGUUUUUGGUAUAUAUUUGCUUCACCAUCACUAAAAGUGUGCUUUUUAAACGUUUACCGUACACACGACCACUCAAAAAAAAAACAACCUCGACCUGAGUCGAAAUAAAUUUCUAACUAAAUUUUAGUUACAAAAAAACAAA